CGGAAGUUCCUCAAAUCCUGCAUGCUCUGUUCAGCGGGGGUGGAAGCCCUCCCUGGUUUGGAUGACAUCAUGGGUAAAAAAUUAUUAAGCCUUCUGCCUGAUGAAGAGAAAAAUGAAGUCUACCAAAAGAUUGCUCUCAAACUUCCUUUGUCAAACUCAGUAGGAAAACAUAUUGAUUUUUGCUGUCAUUUAAAAAGAGGAGAUGAUGAACAUGGUAGCAGCCCUGCUUAUGAAUAUGUGAAAUUCAUCCUGAGUAUAAAAGAUAUUUCCAGUGAGCCUUUGGUGCUCUUCCGUAGCUUCUUCCCCAGCCAGUCCCGUGAGCCGUCUGCCACGAAUGUUUCUUUGGAGGAUCGGUUUUAUCUGGUGGGGACUGUUUGUAUCCUCAGGGUUCAAAUUCUAAGGGACCUUUUCGCUGUAGAGGAGUCCGGUGAAGAUGUUCUGCUGGUCCCAGAUUCGGACGAGGAACAUCUACCUGUGGACCACAGAAGCAGUCAAGGCCAAAGAAGUUCUAGGAUGAAACUCCUGCAUGCUGAACCUGAUGCUCCUGCCUCAGAAGGUCAAGUUGAUAUUGCAAUGGUUGGCCAGUAUGGACCACAACAAUCUACUCGUGUCAUUAAAGGAAAGUCUGUUAUAUCUUAUGCAUCCAGCACAUCCACCUUGGAAAGCAUACCUGAAUCGCCAGGGACAUCAUCUUUGCAGGGCUUUGAAUCUGUGGAGCAGAUGGAGGAGGUGGAGCAGGUGGGUGAGGAGGAAGAGGUGGACCAGGUAGACCAGAAGGACCAGGAGACCCUCUCGUCCUCCAGUGUCUCUGCUGACGUCGGAUAUCAGUCACUACACCUGCCACAGUCCAUCAUAUGGUACAUCAACAGACGGGAGGUGGAGCUGAUGAAGAAGAUCCAGCAGCAUCUGGAGGAGAUGAUGCAGAUGCUGCAGGGUGAGAUCCGGAACCAGAGCCACGCGCUGGAAAUGUUGAAGGAGCAGCUCCAGGCAAUGCCGGGUUCCAAGUUCCAGAUGCAGCCGUCUUCCUCACGCCACAUUCACGGUCCUGAGCCCCAGUCUCUGGAGCCAGUGCCCAAGAAGCAACGCAUUGAGCUGAUGAGCAGGUCCUUCCCAGAACCCAGGGAGGCCAAGCAUUUCUGUGCCUCAUGUUCCUCUCACCCCUUCCAGUUCCCUGAGGAGCUGAAGCAGCCCUGUGUUACCUCUUCCCAGCAGCCCGCUCAGGAGCUGGUGCAGUACCUGCCACAGCAGGAGGACGAGCUGCAGGAGGUGAGGCCGCGGGAGCGGUCACAGCAGCGUGUUACCGUGGAAAACCCUGUGCUGCAAAUACUCCUGCCAAGCGAACCUGGCCUCUCCUUGCCCCUCGAUAGCACCCACACGUUUAUGCCGGCUCAGCCCAUCACGGUUCCUGUCCAAGUAGUAGCUGAGCCACAGCUCUCCAGCCACUCUUAUGGUGAAAACCCUGAGGACCUGGAAGGCAGGAGCCAUAGUUUUCUUCCUGAGGACCAGGUGAUUUCUUCUACCAUCAUCCCUCAGCUUCAGAUGAGUUCUAACUCAAACUUAGUCACGCUGCAGAUCCCAGAGGAUUACAUGCAACUUUGGCAACAACCACAAGACCCACAGCAUCACCUUUACCUCCAAGUUAAUACUUGGCCUUCCAGUGAGCAGGUCGCCCUGCAGGACCAAGUUACCUGGGUCCAGCAGGCACCAGCCCCUGACGCAGAAGUCCAGGGCGCCUCAGGUCUACAGACUUUCCAAGACCACGCGGGAUACGGGCCAGACCAAAUCUGCUACUUCAUGUCUGGAGCGCAGUCCAACUUUCACGAGUAGCGGCACC